CUUGCAUGCGAAAGAUAAAUUCCCCUAUUUCAGCGACAAAUGCCUAGAAAAAGUCACUCUCUAGCGCUAAAUGGAAAAUGUUUGCAUUAUUACAGUUUCUGAAAGAGCAUGGGCACCCCAUCCUUUUAUUUCAUAAUUCCACUUCAUAUAUCCUAAACAGUAAAUAGACAAACUAUGAAAGAAAUUCUAUAUGACAAAUUUUAUUUCAGGGGAAUGACCUUAAAUAAAUUUAAUGACAGUUAGAACUCAAAAGAUCCUCUUAUUAAUGAGGAAACUAGCUUUAAAUGAGAAGUUUUCAAAGUUCCAAAAAAAUUAUUCAAUAUAUUUUCUGUAAAUUAUAACUUAAAAGUAAGUGCAAUGUUGUAGGUGCCCUUAUAUUAACAGCAUUCCACUGUACUAAUACUACAUAAAGUAACAUUUUUUUGUUAUUAUAAUUGCGAUCCAAAACUUUAUUCCAAAUACCCUUUAUAUGACUGACUUACCACCAAAGUAGUAGUGUAGAGAAAUAGGUCACUAUAAAACGAGGUGUUCAUAAUAUUUCCCUGAAAUUAAUGUUCUAAUCAAUGCAUGUGUAUUGCUCUAUGUAUUAAGCCCAAUAAUGAUGAUCAAACAAUAAAGGGAUUAUAAUAACUAAUUAUCAUACUUGAUGCUCACUUGACCAUGAGCAGAAUUGAUUAUAUCUCCCAAACAUGAGCAUUAUUCAAGCAGAAAGUAAUGUGUUACUCAUAAAUGUCUGAAAAGUGUGUUUUGUCUUCUGCCAUAAUCUAAAUUAGACCCUGAUCAUUAAUUCCUUGUUAGAAAUAUGUUGAUAUGAGUGAUUGGAUUGAUGAGGCUGUGAAGAAAGGAAAAGCUGUAUCUGUACCAGUAGCUAAGCCUAAACCUAAGAGCAAAAAACAACUAUUGGCUGAACAGCGAAGAAGGGCUAAGGAAAUGGAGCAGAUUGCUAUGGAACUUGAAGAGAAAAGAAAAGAAGAAGAGGAAAAAGAGAAGCAAAGAAAACAGCUGGAGGUUGAAAAACAGAAGAGAUUGGAAGAGGAAAGAAUCAGAUCACAGAAUGAGGAACGUAAACGAAGGGAAAGAGAGCAAAAGGAGCGAGAAAAACAACAAAAGCUGGAUAUGGAAAAAGAGGAGCGUCGUCGGAGACAGCAGGAAGAAGAAAAGAAACGAAGGGAAGAGGAGGAGAAGCGCAAGAAAGUGGAAAAAGAAAAACAGGAGCGAGAGAAGGCGGCAAAGAAGGCUGCUUUGCAAGCUGCUAAAGAAAAAGAGGAGCAAGCAAAAGCGGCUUCUAAAAACCAGAAUAUUAAGAGACAGCAGCAGCAACAAAGGACAGAUCAACAACAGUACCCUCGUGAAAUCCCUCCUCGCUUUCAAAAGAUGAAGAGACAGCAACAACAACAGCAACUUCAGACACCCAACCUCCCCCCUCCUGCACCUACAGGUUCUCCUGCACAGCUAAACAAAUUCCAGUCAAAACCUCAACAGCAACCAGUUGGGAAGAAAAAAGACCCGAAUCGAUUUGCAUCCAAGGAAUAUGCUGAUCUAGUUGAUGAAGUUGACGAUGCUGGAUGGAAUAAGGGUUCCCAAUGCAAAGGGAGUGGAUGGGAGGGUACAUCUGAAGACUGGGAGGAAAAUAUCGCUGAGAAAUGGGGAGCUGACAGACAGUGGGGCAGCAAAGAAGGCAGCUCCAACCAACUUGUUGUGGACAGGACUGACGGUGACUCUUGGCCGACUGUCGGCAGCAAGAGCGCCAUUGGCGAUAAACCUAACUCUUCGUUGGAAAAUAGCAAUUCUAAGAACUCUUCUGAAACUGUACCUGUUGGGACUAUAGGUAGCAAACCUCCAUCUUCUAACUGGAAUAGUAACCGCAAUUCAGGAGGAUUACCUUUGUCUGAAAACUGGGACACUACUUGUGAUGAGUCAAUUGACCGUGCAUUAGAUGCCACUGAGUCUAAAGGAAGUGUUGGACCAGGGGGAGUAAACUGGGUUGGAAUGGGGACGGGAGGGCUAGGUGGGAUUAUUGGUACACCGCUAGGCUGGGAACCGUCCAAAGAGAAUCGUGACAUAGACAAAACAGCUUCUAAAUCGGGAUGGUGUGGUGAGCAAAACUCCACUGUUGACUCUUGGAAUAAAACACCCGGAAAAGGACCUAAAACACAAGUAUUUGGAGGUUCUGCCCCCACCUGGGGCGGCACUCCCGCGGACUCUAGCUCUGCGUGGGUAGAGACAUCUGGUACUGAGACUAAUAAACCUAACUCUUCCGGUUGGAAUUCUAAAGUCAGUUCAGGCUUAUCUCAAGGGAACUCUUCCAGUAUGGCUUCUGUGGACUCUACUGAUAACAAACCUACCGAUAACAAACCUGCCCCUUCCGGGUGGGGUGAGGCAGGGCCUAGUUGGGCUGUGCCAGCGAGUGUUACUGGUACUGCAUGUUGGGAUACUGCGACCACUACGUCUCCGAAGAAACCAUUAGAUUCUAAAGACUCUAAGCUUAGUCAUGAUAAGGUUUCGGGAUGGCUAGAGACAUCUGUCACGUCAACGUCCGUUACUGCAGACUGGAAUGGGGAUAGUAAUGCGGACCAGGAGGAUUAUUAUGAGGAGGCUUGGGACGGAUGGACAACAGCCUCGUCUAAGCGCAAUAAGGCACCUAAGCCCGCCCCCACUAACGACAGUAAUGCCUGGAUGAGCAGGUCACUAAAGCAACUGCUGGACAUGGGAUUUAAGCAAGAGGAUGCUGAGAAGGCGCUGCGUGCUAAUCACAUGAAUAUAGAGAGUGCAAUAAGUGACUUGUUGUCUCUGACUGCUAGUCAAAUCGAGGAAGCAAGUCGGGCAUCAUCAGCAAACACAGGUGAACCAGAUCCUGCCGAGGCAUGCCGCAUGCAACAACAGAACACUUCUACUAGCAAACCGAACCGCAAACAGCGACGCAAGACACAGCAACAACUCCAACAGCAACAAGCAAAACAGGAAAGCAAACAAACAGAUAUUUAUGAUGCUAAUAGUCAGUCUGGGUCUAGUGAUUCUACCGUCAAGGACCCUAAAAGCGAAUCAAAUAAAGACGAGAAAGGCCAGGCAGCUGAAGGACAAUCAAAUAAGCCAUCUAACCAAGGAGCAUCUGAUGGUAAAGGGAACGCUUCUAAGACUACUGAGAAUUCCCCACAUCUCUCUCCUGGAAAAUCUAAUGCAGGCCAGAAAAGAGCCACCACUGGAUUAAUACAGACCCCGGCACUGGGCACGCCAACUCCUAUGCGUACACCCAUGACACAUCCUCUUCUGCACCAACAGUUUCUGCAUCAGGUUCAGUUGCAUCAGUUGCGGAUGGCUCAAGGGGGGCUCCUCCAGCCACCGAUCAACCCACAGCAGGUGGCCUUGUUGCAGCAGAUGGCACAGCUCCAGAUGGUCCAGCACCGGAUAGCGCAACAGCAACUGACGCAGAAGCACAAUAUACAAGCCCAGCAGCAACUUUACCAGCAACAGCAGCAGAUCGCCUUGAUGAUGGCUCAACUGCAGCAGCAGGUGAUGCAACAGCAUAACCACCAGAUGGCUGGCAACCGCUUCCCCUCUCCAGGCUUCCAGCAGUCUACUCUUCCGCCACAGUCUUCGUCAGCUCAGCCAGGAACGCCACCUCAGAACGCAAAGAACUCAACAAAAGCACCAUCGACAGAACCCUCUCAGAGUAAACCAGAGGAGCCCCCUAAAGCGUCCACUGCAGACAAGCCUGUUACGACUGUUGCAUCAGGCGAACGUAUUACCCAACAGUCGCCUGCACCACAGUCACGCCUUACUCAGUGGAAGCAGCCGCUCUUGCCAGACCCAGAGACAUCGCAUGGAGAGACAUGGGGAAUGCCAAAGAUUGAGCAAAUGAGUCUUUUAUCUGGGCCAGUUGUGUCAUCCUCCCUUGAACAGCAACACGGUGCACCCAAUUUGUCGCCGCAGGCAAACAGGAUUGCAGACCCUGUGUCAAGCAGAUGGGGGGUCGAUGCGUCCUUGAAGCUCUCUGCUGAUCCUCCUGAGUUCAAGCCAGGCGUCCCAUGGCGUCCGCGUGGAGAAGGAGAGGAAAAGAGUGGGAGUAGCGGAUCAAGCAUGGAAUCCUCACCCCAAGGAAUGCCUGCUUCUGGGAAAACUCAAAUAACAGAUAAUCCAAACAAGCAACCAGGUUUCCCAGGGGGGUUCUCCUCAGCGUCUCAAUUCCCUUACAGCAUUGCAUCUUCCCCUUGGCAAAACACUGAGCCAACGGACUCCUUAAACAAAACCCAAGCAAACCCUUCGUCUAUUCGCCCUCCCCCUGGACUGAACACCUCUACUUCAAGUGGUCUUCCCGACACUCCGAGCAUCGAGGAGCGGCCAGCGUGGAUGAAGAACUUGAUGGACGGUGGUACACAGCAGUCUUUUGCUCAGGGCCCUAAUCCAGGGAACUUUCAGUUAGGAUUAAGAUUGGGCUUCUCCGCAUCUGGAAACUCAUGGAGUACACAAGAUGGGAUGUCUGUUAGUGGGUUGACGCCCAACUCUCAACCAUGGGCCGCACCAGGUGGUCCAUCAUCCUCGUCUACACCAUCAUCCGACCCAAGUGCUGAGGCAGCUUCUAGUACUGCUAAUGCUGUAACCUCGGCGGAGCAACUCAAGCCGCAAGAUGAGGGAAUCAGCUCAUGGUCCACUAACCAGCCCAUUCCAUCCGCUGAGGAGAAGCAGCAACAACCACCUGUAGCCCAAGGGCCCAGGAUGGGGUCAGGAAGGGGUGGGGCUAACCCCAUGUCUACCUGGCUUGUACUAAGGAACUUGUCACCAAGGGCUGAUCCUACCGCUAUGCGUGCUGUAUGCCAGCAGUAUGGCCCCCUACUGACCUUCACCCUCAACUUAAGACACGGCAACAGCCUGAUACGCUACAGCAACAAGGACCAGGCGGCAAGCGCGCGCAACAACCUUAACGGCAUGAUGGUCAAGGGCAUGCAACUCAUCGCAGACUUCGCCACAGACAGCGACAUUGGGGGCUUCUUCGAGCAGACUCCUGACUGGAGUAACAACCCCAUGCCACCCAACCCAUCCUUCGGGAACCCCUGGUCUUUCGGCACUGUCGACCCAAAUCGCCCACUUGGAUCAACCCAGGGGCUUGAGAAGACACCCCAGGGCCCACCCCCUCAAAUGCCAGCUAUGGUCCCUCCUGGAAUGCAGUGGGGCUCCUCUAGCCAGCUUCCGGCACAGCUGUGGGGGAACUCCCAUCCUGGGGCUGCUACAGGUUUCCCUUCGCAGGUGCCUAGCAUGUGGUCGUUCUCGGGUGGGGCUCCUCGCGAUGUUGAGCCGCAGUCGGGGACAAACGAGAAUGGACUUGUUAGCCCUUCCAUGACCACUUUUCUGCCUCCUGGUUUAUUGAACGGCGGAGAGUCUGUGUGAACCAAGCUCAACGCCAAGGUUUGCUUGGACAUGGACUAAAACGCGUGUGAAUCGGGCUUUGUGGUGCCACAAGUCUGGUAUAAACGCAACGUAUCAAGCAUUCGCUAACGGACUGAAAUAAAAUGUGUCUGUGUUUGUUCGUGUGUUGUUACUCCGCUUUGUCCAGCCCUGGAAUAUGGGUAUUGGCCAUGAGCGGUGUGUGUUUGUAUGGGUGUACUAUGUUUAGCACUGAUUAAAAUAUCGUUCUACA